AUGGACUUGCUUAAGUAUCAAGAAAUGGUUAGUGGAGCAAUUACAGAUUUAAAACAAAUUCAGAGAGACUUCAAUGGAAUUAAAGAAAUUUCGAAAAAGUUUAUAGAUAUUAUGUCAGAAAAAUUAGAACAGUCACAAAUAGCUGAUGAAGUAGAGAUUGAAAAUGAAUUGCCCUCUAUAAGAUCUAGAAAACGUAAAACAUUAGAUGGAGAAAAAGCAUAUGAUAACCAAAUUAUGAACAGUGAAAUAAAGGAUAUGAUUGAAGUAUAUAAUGUCAUAAUGGACAAUACAAUUACAAGCAUUGAGAAAAAGUUUUUAGGAAAUAAAAAAAUGUACACUGACUUUGCUUGUUUAUCGCUAAGUAAUUUUGAAGAUUUACAAAAGAAUAAACUUCCAGCUACUGAUAAAAUUAAACCUUUUGAACAAACAAUCACUACUGAUGGCUUAAGAAGUGAACUACUUAGUUUCUCCAGAAAUUGGAGUAACUUAAAAAAAUCUAUUCCAGAAACGUAUGAAGCCUACAAAGAAGUUGAAUCAGAUGAUGGUGAUUUGCUUAGUAAUGAAAUAAGUACUGAAAAGUCACACUGCAAGAGUUGUAUGAAUUGUGCAAUCUGUUGCUACUCUGUACUACACAAAUACAAUUUAUAUUGUAAUGCUUAUAGCAACUUAGCAUUAGCUUAUAAAUAUCUGCUAACCUUGCCAUGCUCACAGGUAGCUUGUGAAAGGUCUUUUUCGUUUCUAAAAUGUAUAAAAACUAGACUUCGUAGCACAUUAAGUGAAAAUAAAUCAGAAGCAUUUAUGCUUAUGGGAAUAGAAAAAGACAUCCUUUAUGAAAUAGACAAACAUGAAAUUAUUGAAUUACUGAAGUCUAAUAGCCCAUUACUGAAGAACCAAUUAUCUUACUAA